UUAUCUCCUUACAUUAUAAAUAAUAGUCUAUUUGCUUAUUAACUUACAGAUUUACAAUGAAGAACUAACACAGACAACAUUUUGUGAAGACGAACAGAGUCAAAGCAUAUUAGAAGGGAAUAAAUCAAUUUAUUUAAAUUUAAACCAUAAUACUACUAACUUAGAAAACGAACACAAUAAAGAAAAUAACGAAGUAAUUUUAAACACACAAAGUUUACCAUUCGAUUCACAACAAACUGAAAUAUAUUAUGACAAUAAACAAAUAAAUAGAAAUAUUACUAAAGAAAUUAGUAAAUACAAUACACCUGUUCCCUCACAAAUAAAUAUCCAAGAUUAUAAUAAAAACAAUGUAACAAUAGACAAUACUCAACUUUUAUUCGAUUCACAAGAAACUAUAUUACACAGUCACCAAAGAUAUAAUACACCUAAAAUCCAAUACGAAGACACAAAAAUCUCUAACAAACAUAAUUUAAAAAACACACAUGAAAAUAAAAGCAUUCAAAAUGAAAAUUUUGAUUCACAACAAACUAUACCAUAUUUUAUUAUUGGCGAUAUUAAAAAUAACGAUAAUACGAGAACCCAAAAUGAUUCUAUAAAAAAUUUAACUACAAAUUCAAAUACAGAUAAAGAAACAUUUGUAUCGGAAACUCAGUUAAAUAACGAAUUCAAUCAUAUUAGUCAAAGCCAACAUCAAUUUGUUGAAAUUAAAAAGAACCAAUUAUUUAAAACAAAAGAAAACGCAAAUUUUAAACAGAAACAAAUGAAUAAUGAAAAAAAUGAAAUUUUCACACCAGUAUAUGAAAAUGGGGGUAUAAAUAAAAUUAUUCCAAAUGAAACCAAAGAGUUUUCCAUACAAACAAAUAAAACUUAUGAUAAGCAAAAUAUGAAAAAAGAUACAGAACGAAAUGAAACAUUUAAUAAUGAUCUAGAAAUUAAUAAUCAAAUACAAGAACAAGAGAUAGAUAUUAAUAUCGUAGAUAUGGAAUUAAAUUCUCAACUAGAAAUAGUACCUUUUAAAGUUAUCGAAGAAUUAAACAGAUUAAAAAUAUAUGUAGAGAAAAAAUACAAGGAUACGGAUUCUUUGUCAGAUUCUGGAUAUAAAAGUGAUUCACAAAGUAGAAGUUCUUUUGGUUCACAUAACCAAAUACAAGAUACUUUAGUCAACCAUUCUGCGAAGAGUUUAAUUGAUUUUAUAAACAACAGUCCGUUAGUUAUUGCAAGUAAAGACAUCGUCGUAGAAAUAUCUUGGGUAUUAGGACGAUUAAUAGACAAAUUGUAUAUUGAAGAAAAAUACUUUUUAUUCUUAGAAGAAAUUAUAUCUUCAAUUGACCAUUUACUUAAAGAUAUAUAUGAAGGAGAUUAUGAUGAUGGGAUACUACAAAAAGAUGACAAGAUCAAUCGCCUUUUUCUUUUAAACAGAUCAAACCAUAUUAUAAAAUAUACAAUUGUGAAAAUAACAAAUAUAUUGGAGAAAUAUCUAUCACAAUUAACUAAUGAUUUACUAGAAUUAAAUAAUAUAACGGAAACAGAGAAUUUAUCUUAUAUACUGCAUAUAUUAGAGUGUCUGUUAAAAAGGUACAUAGUAAAUAAAAAUCAUAAUACACAAAUUUCAACACAAUCAUCUCAAGAAGAUAGAUAUCUGAAGAAAAGUAACAUAAGCGACAUUUGGAGAAGAAAAUGGAAUUCAAAUUAUAAAAGUAUAACUAACGAAUCUUUAGUAGAUACAAAAUGUAUGGAGAUAAAAUGUAUGGAGGUUUUAAAUAAAAUUAUAGUAAAAUCUAUGGAAGGGUAUAGUUUAAUAUCUUUUUCAGCUCUACAAUGUUUCAAUUUGUUACAAACUUGAUUAUUAAAUUUUAUAGAAACAUUAAAAGCCUUUUUAUGUUCACCUUUCUUCCGUCAUCUCAGUCUUCACUCCUUUUUUGAUCAUGUCACGUUUCACACAAUCCAUCUCUUUCUACGUCUACCUCUACCGAUGUACCCUUCCAUACUCCACUAAGGCUUUUAAUAUUCCUUUUACUAAAAUUCUACAUCCCAGACUGAAAGUUACAUUCAAUAUUAAAGAGAAAAUUUGCAUUUUUUCUGAAUUAAAAAUGCAAAAUAAAUUUUUUUUUUCACAAUUACAAUGCCAUAUUACUAAUGCCAGGUUUACACUUGGCCAGUACAGUAAGUCAUCAGCUUAGUAACUGAACUGGAAUAGUGAACACUAAAUGGCGCCAAUGAAUCCAUCAAUUUAUGACUGGCCGUUGCAACAGUCCUGGAGUAGUGUGAACCAGGCAUCAGACUAAACUUUUUUCUAGUUUUUUAAUUUACAUCCAAAGAAUAAUAUUUUUAACAGAGACAGAAUGUACAAAGCAGUAGAUGUUAUUGUGUCAGUUUUAUUGGUUUUAAGUGCUUUAAAGGUUAUGUGUAAAUCAUAAAUAUAUUGUUGAUGUGCACAUACCACUGUGAAAACUAUGUUAACUUCACAAAAUACACUAUAAUAAUAAUCGCUAUUAAGUAGAUAAGUAACUACAAUACAAAAAUAAUGAAUAAUGGUAAUUGGUUUGUUUACGUUUUGAUUUGACAUUUGACAGUAUCAGUUGCCAUAUUCCACACAUUUAGUAGAA